AUGAACAUUUCAAGAUUUUUUAGUAGAAUUACAAGGACUCAGUUAGAGACUGCCAAAUUUGGUUUUUACCUUUUCACUCCAAUUUUGGUGAUGACAUAUGUUGGUGUUAAUGCUGAUGAAAAGUUUAAUUUACCAGGAUUUUGGCCUGAUCCAGCUACUUUAAAUCAAAUCCCAAAGGAAAAACAUGAAAUCCAAGCUGAACUUGCAAGAAUCAGAAGAGAAAGAAUCGAAAAAAGAAAAAGAUUGGAAGCUAAAGCUAAAGAAUUGGGUAUUAAUGUUGAUGAAGAAUAA